UGGCGUGGCUGGUCGCGCCAGGCGGGGAACUUCACCACACUGGAGCCCGGAGUCCCACUCUCUCACCUGCGCAGUUCGGAGCUGCCAUGGGUCUCUCGCCUGGAUUUACUGUCCUAAUUAUUCUGCCGGCCUUUCUGCUGCACACCAGCGGCCUUUACAUCGCCAGUAGCGUUGACUCCCUGCAGCAUGUCCUGGGGGAGUAUGGACUGGUGAGGCCAAUCAGUGUGGACGCAGAGGGCCGCUUCCUGUCACACGCCGUCUCAGCUGGCCGCAUGGCAGGAGGGCAGCCCCGUAGGCGCCGGAAGAGGGAGGUAGGAGUAGGCAAUGAUGAGUGGGAAGAACUGAGGGGUGAGCCCGUGGCCCGUCGGGAGAGGCUCUACUACAACGUCACCAUCUUCGGCCGGGAGUUCCACCUGCGCCUGCGCCACAACGCCAGGCUGGUGGCCCCCGGAGCCAAGAUGGAGUGGCGUGAUGACAGCGACAGCACCCGGCACUCUGAGCCACUGCACAGCGAGUGCCUCUAUGUGGGUGACAUAACAGACACGCCAGGAGCCACUGUGGCCAUCAGCAACUGUGACGGCCUGGCCGGCAUGAUCAGGGUGGAGCAAGAGGAGUUUUUUAUCGAGCCGGUGGAGAGGGGCGACGGAGUGAUAGAGGAGGAGCAGGAGGAGGGAGGAGGAGGAGGGAGGACGCACAUCGUCUAUCGCUCCUCGGCCGUGAAGAAAGCGCCCAUCAGCAGCGCGGCGGCAGACUACCACUCCAGAGGUGCUGAUCUCGGCGGUCUGAUGGAGCUGGAGUCUCUGUACCGCGGUGUGGAGCAGAGCAUCAACCACACGCGAGCGGGCCGGAUGCGCAGGCAGAGCACGGACAGGGCCUACAACAUCGAGGUGCUGCUGGGCGUCGACGACUCGGUGGUCCAGUUUCACGGGAAGGAGCACGUCCAGAAGUACCUGCUCACGCUGAUGAACAUCGUGAAUGAGAUCUACCAUGACCAGUCUUUGGGAGCAAAGAUUAAUGUGGUGCUGGUACGGAUUAUCAUGCUUGGCCACACCAAGUCUAUAAGUCUGAUUGAACUGGGGAACCCGUCCCAGAGUCUGGAGAACGUGUGUCGCUGGGCCUUCCUGCAGCAGAAGCAGGACACGGGGGACGCCGAGUAUCACGACCACGCUAUCUUCCUCACGCGGCAGGAGUUCGGCCCCACGGGAAUGCAGGGUUACGCCCCAGUGACAGGCAUGUGCCAUCCCGUGAGGAGCUGCACCUUGAACCACGAGGAUGGUUUCUCCUCUGCCUUUGUGGUGGCACACGAGACCGGACACGUCCUGGGGAUGGAGCAUGAUGGUCAGGGGAACCGCUGCGGCGACGAGGUGCACAUGGGCAGCAUCAUGGCGCCACUGGUGCAAGCUGCCUUCCACCGCUUUCACUGGUCCAGAUGUAGCAUGGCAGAGCUGGGACGCUACCUUAAUUCCUACGACUGUCUCCGUGACGACCCCUUCGAACACAACUGGCCGUCGCUGCCUCAGCUUCCUGGUUUGCACUACUCCAUGAAUGAACAGUGUCGAUUUGACUUCGGCGUGGGCUACACGAUGUGCACCGCGCUACAAAAGGCGGGCCAGUCAGGAACACAGUAUCGCACUUUCGACCCAUGUAAGCAGCUGUGGUGUAGCCACCCAGACAAUCCCUUCUUCUGCAAGACCAAGAAAGGACCACCCAUUGAUGGCACCAUGUGUGGGGAUGGGAAGCAUUGCUUCAAAGGUCACUGCAUUUGGUUGACCCCUGACAUCAUAAAGCAAGAUGGAAACUGGGGUUCGUGGAGUGAGUUCGGCCAGUGCUCCCGCACCUGUGGAGGAGGGGUACAGUUCCGCACACGCGACUGUGACAAUCCGAGGCCAGCCAACGGAGGCCGCGACUGCUUGGGGGCGUCCUAUCAGUUCCGGAUGUGCAACACCAACGAGUGCGAGGACAUCUACAGUGACCCGCGGGAGGAGCAGUGCCACGCUUUGGACCCCCGCUUCGAAAUCUACAGCAACAAGCACCACUGGCUGCCUUAUGAACACACGGACCCUAAGGAACGCUGCAAGCUGCACUGCCAGUCUAAAGACACACGAGAUGUGGUCAACAUGCAGAGAAUGGUGCUGGACGGAACGCGGUGCUCGUACAAGGACCCCCACAGCGUGUGUGUGCGGGGAGAAUGCGAGAAAGUGGGCUGCGACGGCACGGUCGGCUCCUCGAAGCAGGAGGACAAGUGUGGGGUGUGUGGGGGGGACAACUCCAGCUGCAAAACCUUCAAAGGCACCAUCACGCGCACGGCCAAGAAACAAGGUUUACUCAAAGUUCUUGAAAUCCCCAGAGGAGCAAGACACCUACUGAUCCAAGAGCAGGAAGCGACCUCACACAUUAUAGCUGUGAAGAAUGUGGCAUCGGGGUUGUUGUUCUUAAACGGGGAAAAUGACUACCCAGAAUCCCGCUCGGUCAUAGAGAAAGGCGUGGAGUGGGAAUAUGCGAAUGACAACGACAAGGAGACGCUUCAGACCACUGGUCCUCUCAGACAUGGAAUCCUGAUCAUGAUGAAACUGCACGGAGACGAGGAUGUGGAGCUGUCUUAUAAGUACAUGAUGAACAUGGACAGUGAUUUGGCCAUUCAGAACAACAUGCUGAUAGAGGACAGUGCCUAUGAGUGGGCUCCAAAGAGAUGGUCCUACUGCUCCAAGCCCUGUGGUGGAGGGAAGCAGUACCUGCGAUACGGCUGCAGAAGAAAAGUCGACAGUAAGAUGGUCCACAAGAGCUUUUGUAACAAAUCCAACAUGAAACCAAGAGGGGACACCAGAGACUGCAACCAGAAACCCUGCCCUCCGCCAAUCUGGGUGACAGGGGAGUGGCAGAACUGCAGCAAGCCAUGUGGAAAGACGGGGAUGCAAAUCCGCUCGGUCAGCUGUGUCCAGCCGUCAGACGAUAACACCACGCGCGCCAUCCACAACAAACACUGCCACGACGACCGGCCCGAGACGCGCAGACCCUGCAACCGGCACGCCUGUCCCACCCAGUGGAAAGUCGGGCCGUGGUCACAGUGCUCAGUGACGUGUGGAAAUGGGACCCAGCAGAGACAGGCUUUGUGCCACACCAGAGACAACACCAUCGGCCUGUGUCUGGACAGUAAGCCCGACACCAUCAGAGUCUGUCGCAUGGAUCCGUGUCCCAAGGGCUCAUCAGACCUCAACAAGAACGGCAACAUCCUUAUCCAGUGGCUGUCCCGCCCCAACCCCAACUUCCCGAAGAUCUCCUCACGCCAGAGAUGUCAUGGAGAUCGCUCCACGUUCUGUCGUAUGGAGGUAUUGAAGCGCUACUGCUCUCUACCGGACUACCAGCGCAUAUGCUGCAAGUCCUGCAGCAAUGUCAACAUAACAGAGCAUCGACCCAACUCCACCUCCAGAUCCACCCUCAUCACAUCCAUCCGGCCCAGUGUAUCAGACUCUCCACCCACCAGCACCCUCAGCUCUGAUUUCACCACCAAUCAACCCACCAAAGCUGUUGUCACCAUUGUUCCAGCUUCUACCAUUGAUCCUUUGACCACUACUCAUCCUCCUACCUUCACCACUGCUGAUCCUCCUCAUUCCACCCCUUCCCCACUAAGUACUACACAAAAUAUCCCCACUCAACCAUCCACCAGUGCCCCUGUCCUCUCCACUUUCUUUUCCAUGCUAACCACCCCAGUUAUUACAACCUCUCCCACUGUAACUGCUCAUCCCCUGCCUCUGCCUGCCCCAGACAUAGAUGACAGCACAGUUCCACAGUUAAAGAGCACUACAAAUAGUCCAACAAUAUCCGGUAUGAUAACUACCACACACCUUCCUGCAACGACCAUUCCAACUAUGAUGAGUCUAACAGAAAGCAGUAUAAAAGCAGACAAGCCACUGAAACCCAAGCCCAAAAAGACUAUUCCACCAAAAACGAAGCCCAAAAAGGUGCUUCAGCCAAAGACAAAAGCUACAAAGCAAACCCAAAUGAAGACAAAUCCCAAAAACAACGCAGAACCAGGGCCCAAAAAUGCCACCUCUCAGGUCAAGGUUAAUCCAAAUCGGUUUAAAGUGAUAAAGACAUAUCCAAAAAAGAAAACAAUUCAAACAACAUCUUCAUAUUAUACCACAACUGCCACUCCUCAUACAAGUCCUAAACAACUGAGUGGGACGAAUCCAAAAAAGAAUACUGCACCAAAAAAUUCAACAAGAAAAGAUUUUCUGCCAAAGAUCAAUCCCAAAAAGAAAACAAAUGCUACUCCCAAAAAGGCUACUCCAGUAAAAACUAUACCCAAAAAGACUACUCCCGCAAACACAGCUCCCAAAAAGACUACUCCAGCAAAAACUACACCCAAAAAGACUACUCCAGCAAAAACUGCACCCAAAAAGACUACUCCUGCAAACACAGCUCCCAAAAAGACUACUUCGGCAAAAACUAUGCCCAAAAAGACUACUCCUGCAAACACAGCUCCCAAAAAGACUACUCCGGCGAAGACUGUACCCAAAAAGACUACUCCCGCAAACACAGCUCCCAAAAAGACUACUUUGCCAAAAACUACUCCCAAAAAGGCUACUCCCAUAAACAUUACUCCCAAAAAGACUACUCUGCCAAAAACUACUCCCAAAAAGACUACUCCCAUAAACAUUACUCCCAAAAAGACUACUCUGCCAAAAAGUACUCCCAUAAACAUUACUCCCAAAAAGACUCCCUCUGUAAAGACCACUGUUAUAAAGAUUCCUCUAGUAAGGACUACUCCUGAGAAAAAAUCCAAACUCACACCCAAAAAGGAGGCUCCACCAAAGGCCAAUCCCAAAAAAAACAUUCAGCCAAAUAUGAAAGCUACAAAGCAAACCCAAGCAAAGACAAAUCCCCAAAACAACCCCAAACCAGGGCCCAAAAAUGCCACCACUCAGGCCAAAGUAAAUCAAAAUAGGUUUAAGGUGAUAAAGACUUAUCCAAAAAAGAAAACACAUCAAACAACAUCUUCAUAUUUCACCACAGCUGCCACUCCUCAGACUAGUCCUAAACAACUGAGUGACUACUUUUUUUCCACUAUUUCGUCAAGCAGUAGUGUAUAUGCGACAGCUGCAGACACGCCUUUCCCUGAAUCCAGAAUCAGCACCACAUACAUCAGUAAGACCACAACAGCUACUGAUGAAACUCCACUGUUGUAUCAUGAUGCUUUAGCCACAACACCCAACACUUUUGACAGUGUCGUCACACCUACUGAAACCAUUUAUGUCGAGGAUGUCAACAUUCCUAGUGGAACUGCACCAAACAGUGAUGUCACAAUGACUAACAGUGGUGAUGUCACAAUGACCAACAGUGGCGAUGUCACAAUGACCAACAGUGGCGAUGUCACAGUAACCAGCGGAACUAUUAUCAGUGGUGAUGACAUCACAGUGUCCUACAGCAAUGUAGGAGUGAUCAGUGACACCAUGGUGCUAGACGACGGCCACAGCAUUGUGAUCCCAACCAUCAACAGUGAGGAUAUGACAGACUUAGCUUCCUCGCCCUGGAUGGACCUGUCUGAGUACAUCCCCGUCAGCAUCCCUGUUCCUACUACAGCCGCAGACCCUGUCACCAUCUCACCUCCCACCACCAUCACUCUGACGACAGAAAAACCAGUCAUUGCAACCACUACCAUCUCAACUGUAAGACCUCAGCGAAAGCCAGAUGAGAGCAGUGAUAAUAACUCCAUCGAUGUCAUAUAUAACAGGAUCAUCGGCGUGGACAACGACAUCUCCCAGAACAAUUUGAUCCCAAAGCGCCGGGUAAACCUCCGAGAGAGAACCAGGAACAAACGCAUUCAGGAGCUUCUGGAGGAGAAGCGGAACUUUCUCCUCAGGAUGAAGAGAGGCCACUCAGCAUGAUGCACCAAGCCUUCUCAUUUCUCUUAUAGAGAUGAACAUUUUCUUUACAGACAUUUGUAAGCCCUAACUAAACCCUCUGAACUGCCAUGAUAUCAGGCCUUUCCACAACAAAAACCCGUAAAUCUUUCUGUCAUAUCACUAUCAUGACAAUCAGGACUGUUGCAGAGAGAGAAUAUUAUGGCCAAAUGUUUGAGCAGUUGCUUUGAAUAAAGCCCUUUAGAGUACAGACUGGUGCAGAUUUGAAGCAAAUCGCCUCGCCUGUGUAAACACAAUAAGGAGAAACAGAAGGGAUGAAAAGUGUGUAUCCAGUUUGACCAGCACUUUACAAAGCCAAGCUUUUAGGACACAGACCACCCACAGUCUUGUUUGGGGAUUCAGUGAUGAUGGAGAUACGUGUAAUUUAGUUUGUAAAAAUCUCCACUGGCACUUAUGAAGCAAGGAAAUCUACCACCCAGAAUCCAAAACUACAUUUCCAUAUUGUAUUACAGCCCAGGACUGCACUUCAUCUCCCCAUAAAAUGAAAAUAAUAUCUCUCAGCUAAUCGGAGCUACUGUAUGACAAGGCGAAAAUAUCUUCUUGUUAAGUGGCCAGCAUUAUGAAUACAAUACACACACUCCAAAGGGGAGCAUGUGGGCCUGGAAAGCAAUAUAGCAAUGCUAUACAAUCAUAAUGUUUACUUUGGGUUUAAUUGAAUUGUAAAAGUUUACACUACUUGGAUUUUGUUGCCUUUUUACCAGAGCAGACGUGUGUCUGACUGCAUGAAGUCUCUCAUCUCUCAGGAAGUUAAGGUACAGUAUUGAAGACUGGUGAGGGGCAUUGCCAGACACUUGGUGCUUCCUGAAUUGUGGUGAUAUAUUUUGAUAUCUCAUUAAGCUAAGUGGAAAACAAAAAACCCAAGAGAAAAAAAAAAGGUAUUUUAAAGCUUUUUUGUUUUUCUUUUUUAACGGUCAGUCAAGUAUGGUGCUUUUUUGUCCUUCAUGCAUUUAUUUAUAUAAAAAGAAAUACAAAAAUACGAUAAUAAGAUAAACAAGCCUGAUUGUAUUAAUUGUAUCCAAAGAGAAGCUUUGAGGGCCAGUGUUUUUUUUAUUUUUAUUUUCUAAAAGUUUUAUUAUUGGUACAUCUCUAACUUGCAGCAGCUGCAAAAGUACCUAUGGAUCUUUCUGUACGAUAUCUGUACAUAUGAAAAAGAACUUAAUGUUUAAUAUUUAUUAAAGUUUA